CACCGGUGCUUGUGUUGCUAGCUUUAUGCUAACCUGCGCAGCAGUGACAGCUCUGUAUUUCUCAACACUUCCUCUUAUCCCAGAACUACAGUCAAACUGGACUUUCUGACCACACCUGCAGAAGUAUCGCCUGGAUGUUAACAGCAUGGCUGUGUUUGAGAACUGCUCUGUGCUGUUUGAGCUGAAAGUGUUGCCUUACAAGGAGAAGAAGGAGCUCAAAUCAGCAAUAACAGAGAAUGGAGGCAACAUUUCCUUUGUUGUCAAUACAAAGUGCUCUCUGAUAGUGACCAAUGAUGUAUCCAACCUGAGCUCCAACAGGCUGCGUAGCAUCCAGAAAUACCGAACGCCUGUGGUCGGGGUGGAAUAUGUGAACAGCUGUCUGGAGAAGGGAGUUCUUCUGCCUGUGGAUGAAUACAAGCUGGACAUUUCCUCUCCCUCUGUGUUCUCUCCUCCUCUUCCCCCCUCCUCACCAAGGCGUAGUCCAAUCUCACAUCAAGUGUCCAAAGUACCAUCGAGCAACACCGAGCUCUCUAAGAGGGAAGAGACUUCAAGGAAGAGCAGAAACAUCUUGGAAAAGUUCAGAAUUUAUACUGAAACUGAUAUGACUCUUCCAAAGUACCCGGAUAAUUUUCAAGUGGCAAAGUAUUCAAUCUUUGAAAAGAUAAACAGCAGGACGUGGUGUGUGCUGGAGCUUCAGAGUUACAGAGGAGAGACAGGAUGCCGGUACCGGGUGGUCAGGUACUGGAAGGGCGAUAUCGGAGCCAAGGAGGCGGCGGUGAGGGAUAUGCUGGUGCACCUAUCCACCUCAGAAGAAGCUCUGGAGGUCUACAAGAUCCUGAGAGAGACCCUGCAGGCUGAGGGUCUGCAGCUGAGGAACAACACCCCCCCACAGGCCCCAGACCUCGGCUCCGACCCCCUCCAGCUGCUGCUGCUGGAGGAGCAGCUGAACACAGGAAGCUUAUCACAGGAAGUGGGAGUGUUUGUGGAGCUGCUGUGGACCGAGGCCCUGGGCUGCCUCGGCAACAUCCUCACAGUCCCCAUCAACAAGCUCAGCCUCAACGAUGUGAGCAGGGUGGAGGGCUUGUUGCUCCAGCUCAGAGAAGAGGAAGGAGUCAGAUUAUAUGAGGGUGCGUAUCUUAUUGAUGAGUUAAUCCGAGAUGUUCUCAACGUGAGUGAAAUGACCCUGAGGAGCCCCAUGCCCUCCUGCCUGGGGAAGUACCGCGCUCUGAGGUGCUGCAUUGAGGCGGCCCCCCCCGACACCCCCGAGCUUCAGGCUGUCACCUCCCUGCUGCAGGAAAGGAAGAUGCAGGUCAAACAGGUUCUGCGUGUCAGCCGAGGAGUGGAGCUCCAGACGUUUAAGAGUGAGUUUGGGAACGUGAGGCCCCUGCUGCACUCCUCCAGCCCCAGCAACUUUGUGGGAGUCCUGUCUCGUGGUCUGCUGCCGCCCCGUGUCGGAGUGGAGCAUCAUGGGAUUGAGAGAACAGACGCGGGUAAUCUGGGCAGUGGAAUCUAUUUUAGUGAUGACCUGAGCGCCAGUUUGAAAUACUCCAAGCCCAGCGAGACAGACGGCUCUCGGCUGCUGUUGGUGUGUGAUGUGGCGCUGGGUCAGUGCAUGGACGUCCAUAAGAAAGACCUCACCCUGACCGAGGCUCCGGAGGGAUACGACAGCGUGCACGGGGUCCGCCGCACCCCCAACACUCACUCUGAGUUUGUGGACGAUGAGUACGUGGUGUACAGUCCCGAUCAGGUGAAACUGAAGUUUGUGGUUCAGUACAGCGUCGAGGGAGACGCACCGAAGGAGUUCAGUCCAAACAUCAACAUCUGCGCUGAGCCCUCUAUGGACCGAGAUGAGAAGAUAACUAAGAAACCUGACAAUGAUGAGGAGUUCAUGUCGGAUGAAACGUAUUUCUGUACUAACCCUCUGGAUGACGUGAAGGCUGGUCUGAUGGACAGCUCAGGUCAGCAGCUCCCUCUGCAGGCCGUCCACGUGAAGUGCAAACUGAUGGAUCUGCUCUCUCAGGUCAUCAUCUUCCAGAAAUACACAAAUCUGAGCUCUGUGCCCAUCGAGGCAAAGUACGUCUUCCCCCUGGAGGAUUCUGUAGCAGUGUGUGGAUUUGAAGCUUUUAUUAAUGGGAAACAUGUGGUGGGACAGGUGAAAGAGAAAGAGACGGCACGCAGGGAGUACAAGCAGGCGAUAAAGAAAGGACAUGGAGCCUACCUCAUGGACCAGGACGCCCCCGAUGUGUUCACCAUCAGUGUGGGCAAUCUGCCGCCCAAUGCGACCGUCCUCAUUAAAGUCACGUUCGUGUCCGAGCUGGUCGUCACGGACGGGUCCAUUUUCUUCCAUCUCCCUGGGAGCGUGGCUCCAUGGCAGGAGAGCGCGGCGCUCUACCAGACCACACAGGUCACUGUGGAGAAGGUGUAUGUGAAAGAUGAGGCGAGAGAGUUCACCCUGGACAUGGCGAUUGAGAUGCCGAAUGAAAUCACAAAGCUGCUUUGCAUCAGCCAUAAAGUCAAGAUCAAGAAAACCGACUGUAAGGCAGUGUUGAGCGUGCUGCCAGGAGAGGUCAUGGGUCCAAGUGGCUUCAUGCUGUCAGUCACUCUUUCGGAGGUCCACCUGCCCAGGAUGUGGGUGGAGAAACACCCCGACAAGGACAGCCAGGCCAGCAUGUUAGUUUUCUAUCCAGACUUUGAAGUGAACUCCGAGCGUGAAUCUGAUGAACUCGUCUUGCUGCUCGACACGUCGGAGUCCAUGAAGGGAGAGUCUUUCAUCUUGGCCCAGAAAAUCGCCCUGAAGGUCCUCAGACAAAUCGAUAACAACACCAAACUCAAUGUCAUUGUAUUUGGCACAGAUCACAAAGACGCUUUCCUCACAGCACGGCCUCUCUUUGAAGCUCAACCGGCAGCAGAAACAUUUAUCAAGCUCUCCUCUCCAAUAGGGGGCAGCACUGAGCUGUGGCGGCCCCUGCGAGCUCUCAGCCUGCUGCCUCCGUCCCGCGGCGUCAGGAACCUGCUGCUGCUGUCGGACGGACACAUCCAGAACGCAGAGCUCACCCUGCAGCUGCUCAGAGACAACGCCGAGCACAGCCGCCUCUUCGCCUGCGGCCUCAGCCCGACAGCCAAUCGGCACAUGCUCAGAGCCCUGGCUCAGGCCGGGGGCGGAGCCUUUGAGUUCUUCGACACAAAAACCAAACACAACUGGACAGAUAAGGUUGCAUCUCAGCUGCAUCGUAUGGCGUCUCCCAGCUGCAGUUCAGUGUCAGUGAAGUGGCAGCAGUUCAACCCGACAGCGCCCCCUCCUGUUCAAGCUCCCAAGCAGCUCCACGCUCUGUUCAAUGACUGCCACACCCUGGUGUACGGCUUUGUGCCGCACUGCACUCAGGCCACCCUGCUCGGAAAUCUCAGCGGUCAGGAGCUCCAAACUAUGGUUUCAACUAGUGAGCUGCAGAAGACCAGAGGCACAUUUCUUCACAAGCUCACUGCGAGGGCCCUCAUCAGGGAUUACGAAGACGGAAGCCUGGAUACCAAUGAAGCCGAACAUGAGGGAAAGAAAGCGGAGCUGAAGCGCUUCAUCAUCGAGUUAAGCAAAGAGUUCUCCAUCCUGUCUCAGUUCACCAGCUUUGUGGCCAUCGAGGGAAAGGAACAACCAGAGGAAGGCUUUACAGACAUCCCAAAGCUACUCGCCGAGGAAGAUGUGGACUUCCUCCCCUACAUGGGCUGGAUUUCUCCUCAGGACAGGAAAGAGGAGUACCUUUGCUAUGUGUCGUGUAUUCAAGACUUUGAUGAUGAGUUUGAGGAUACUAUGGAUGACUCUAAGGAUGCUAAGGAUGAGUCUGAGGAUGAGUCUGAGGAUGCUAAGGAUGAGUCUGAGGAAGAGUCUGAGGAAGAGUCUGAGGAAGAGUCUGAGGAUGAGCCUGAGCCUCUGGUUCGAUUAAAAAGUGCUCCAAGAAUCGAUAUGAAGCACGAGGCCUCUCUGAGAAGAAGCAUACAAGAGCCCUCCUGUGAUUUUGAAGCACGUUCAGUGAAUCAAGAAUUGCAUUUGGAUUUAGCAUGCUCAUUUCCUCCUACACCUCCACCACAUCCUCCUUUCCGGGCGUCUCUCCCUCAGAUCAGUGGUCUUACAAGACGCUCAUGUUAUCGUCAUGUACUAAGUGGAGCAGGAGUUCCCCAACGCCACGGCAUCAUGAACGGUGCAACGCGAGCUGCAACUGACUCAGAUGUGUUGAUGAAGAUGAGCGAUGAUGACAUUUUAAUGUCGAAGCAGGUCACUGAGUCACUGGUACAACACGCUUUCGAGAACAGAGCGCUAUCACCUUCCUAUCAAACACGUUUCUCCUCUGGUCUCUGGGAUGCAGGACGGUUUGCACCCGAUGAAAGCACCUUGAGUUAUUCCACCUCUCUAGAUGCUAUGGAUCUCCCUGUGAAAGGUCAGUCAGGAGCGUUUGCCAUUAGUGAAGCAUCUUUUUUCUCCUCAGCUCCAAGACAAAGAGCAAGCUUAUUUUCUGAUGAACAAGAAAUGUCAGGCUUUGGUCUCGGGGGUUGUGCGCUUGAAGAAGAACCCGUUAAACAAGAUCAGCCAAUGAAAGAUGCCCCUCCUGUUCCACUUGAUGAAGCAUCAGAUGUCGAUGUCGUGCGACAUAUGCGCAAAUCCAGAGGUAGAGCAUUAGCAAAGCCUGAAGAAGAUGAUCCCUCACGUGGAAGUUCUUGGGGAGGACUGGUCCACAUGAAGGAACUCGCCCUACAAAUUCCCUCAUUUCAUCCUCGAGAACAAAUAGCAGCAGAAGUUCCCCGACCCCUCAGCGUCAGGUACGGUGCAUCGCCAGCUGCAACUGAUUCAGAUGUGAUGAUGAUGAUGAACGACCGUGCGCCCGAACCUUCACUCACAGGGAAUGCAUUGCCCUAUUCUGAUUAUUCACUUCAACGCCAGUGCGCCUUUCAAGUCCCUCCAGCACGCCCUCCUCCUGCAGAGAAAGCAUUUUCACUCUCCAGAAUUGGAAGUUUAAUUCAACUCCAACGCCAGUCCGCCUCUCGAGACCCUCCGGCUCUCAUUGGUUCAGCUCUUCCGCUGGCUCAAAGUUUACUUGGCACUAAUGUCCUGCCGGAUCAGCUCAGUGCGCAAAUGGAAUCACAAGCUCUCAGGAUCAGAGCGCUAUCACCUUCCUAUCAAACAGGAAUCUCCUCUGGUGUCUGGUCUGCACCCGUAAGCAGCAUGAAUCGUCCCACCUCUCUAGGUGCUAUGGAUAUCCUUGGCGGUGCCUCUGAUUUGGAUAUAACAACUGAAUGUGCGACUGGAUCUCCUGUGAUAGAUCAGUCAGCAGAGUUUUCCCUUAGUGAAGCAUCUUUUUUCUCCUCAGCUCCAAGACAAAGAGCAAGCUUAUUUUCUGAUAAACAAGAAAUGUCAGGCUUUGGUCUCGGGGGUUGUGCGCUUGAAGAAGAACCCGUUAAACAAGAUCAGCCAAUGAAAUAUGCCCCUCCUGUUCCCUUUAAACGCCGUUCUCAGUCUUCCAGGAUGCGUCAAUCAGCUGUUCAACGAUUCCAUUUCAGGAGGAAGUCAAUAGACUCUCAAGCGCUGAAGCUCAGAUGGACAGAGAUCUUCCAAAUGCAGCAUUUGGAGGGUUACUGGCAGUUCACCACAGAGCUGGGUGAGCUGAUUAAUUUGGAUGUGGACCUCUUCGCCAACGUGUUCCUGAAAAACAAAGGCAUCCAGUCUCUGGGUGUGCAGGCCCAUGCAGACAUCCUGAAGCUGGUGGCGACUCUGCUGGUCCUGCAGCUGAUGAGAGAGGAGAAGAUAAAGGAGGGCAAACUGCUCCGCACCCUCUUCUGCCUGGACGACUCCCCUCUGUUCAGGCCUGAGCGUUGGGAGGAGGUGAAGAGGGCGGUGGACUGGGUCUGCUGGGCGGACCGGCAGUACCCGUGUGUCUACAGCCGGCUGGAGUUUGGAUUCAGCUGGGAGUCCUCCACCCGCCAGCUGCUGGGCUUCGAAGGCCUCCCUCCCUUCUCCGCUCUCAGGGGGCUGAACCUGCAGAAGACCGUCCCCCAGGUCCUGGUCCACUGAGCAGGAUAGUGAGAGGGAGGUUCAUACCCCUUUGCCUUUUUAUGGGGAUUACAUCAUCUAUUAGAUGUAUUUGUAGCCCUUUUAUUAUCAGUGUGUUUACAUGUUCUUAAAUAGGUAGAUACAAUUAGCUUACUGCAGACCUGAUUUAUUAAACUUAAACUGCUUUGGGCGGAUGUCUGCAUAUCGCCUUUUCUGCACGUCAGCAUAUUUUUUCAAAUGUAUUCCAAUAAGCCGAUAGCUUAUACUGUUUUACACCGUGGUCUUCAGAGAAAGAGUUGCACCCCUUGUCUUUCUUCUGACCGUUCCACCGUUUUGGUCAAGUUGAAGAUAUUUAAACUUUCCAGAAAAACGCUGUUGACGUCACUUUUAGGAAAUGACUGUCUCACCGUCAGACAGUAACCAUCAUAGCAACGACCAAAGAGCUUUUGGAGCAGAUCUGCCGGUGUGUGAGUGGCUUUUAUCGUACCGUACACAUAUCAUCCUCCUCACUCUAAAGCUGUCAGACUAAAGCUGUGACGCUCAAUAACACAACAUGUGAGAACAAGCAUCCUCCUGUUUGUUCUCAGACACAAUGACAAACAAAUACAUAGCAAAAAUCGAUAAUAAAAUCCAAGGGGUGAGGCUAGUCUGUCAUACAACAAUGGUGAUACAGUGUCAAGACAUUGCUGUCAUAGAAACAACAAAACAACCCUUGGAGCGUUAUGUGGACACGCCCUUAUUCGGGGGAAAGAGGAUUUAAAGGCUAGAUUACAUUUCAUGGCCAUGGACACUGAUACUUAUCAUCUUGUUCCCGCAAGUCCACAACAAUGCCUUCAGACAGAGAUAGCAUCAUUGUGACCAGUGAUAAAAGGGAAGGUCACGAUGAGUAGCAGUCUAUUUGCAUGUUUGUAAUCCUCUCAUCCUAAAUUAGUCAAAGUCUACUUCCUCUAAAUAUUUUACUGGUAGAUGUAGUCACAGCUGUCUUCCCACAGUUGAACACACAGUCACAUGUUAUUGUAAAAUAAGGAAGCGGUGCCUUUAUGCCCAAAAAGGGUCAGUUUCUUGGAAACAUCUUGGACUGUCCUGCUGAAUGUGUGUGUUGCUUCCCUGAGUAACCUUGUACAUGUGAAUCUUGUUUCAUUUAUAACUAAUAUUUUAGUAUAGGAUCUUCUUUCACAGUAUAUGCACUGUUAUAUCAUGGUAGCAGUAUAAAUCAGGGUAUAGUAUUGUUCUGUAAAUUCAAUAAGAAGUGGAUUAAAACAACCUGUCUUUGGAUUAUUUUCCUCUUUUAUUUGGAACUAUAUUAACAAAAUCAACCGACUCACGAGUGACAAAGCAAAAGACUCAAAACCUUUACAGUUCUGAAUGUGAAACACGUUUUAAGGUUAAACGAUGCAAAUAACUUUGACUUUGAAAUACAUAUCAGUCUGACUUCAGUCAAUGCAAUAUGAAGCAACAUAAACAUCCCACAAGUAUUCAUUUUAAUAUAUACCAAAAGAAACAAGACUUGAACUGCAGGAUUUGCUCGUUUCAUUCAAAAAAGUAAAGUAAAACUCCCUUUUAUUUGAAGUACAUUACAGUACUCGAGUAAAUGUGUAGAUUUUAUAUAGCUAAAUCAGGAAAUGGCAACUUUUUUAUACAAGAUAACACUUAUUAUAAAAAUAUGGUGUGUACUACAUGUUCUUGGACAAGAUAAAGCUCUUGCACACAACAACUUGCUCUUAUCAGAUGAAAAGCAGCUUUACCACUUCCCAUGUGUUCUUAAAGGUCCCCUAUCAUGAAAAAUGCACCUUUGAUGUCUUGUAUACACACAUAUGUGUCCCCGGUGUGUAAAGAGACUCACAAAGUGUCAGAAAAUCCAACCCUCUCUCUUUUCCUCCGUACCCAAAUCUCUAAAAACGGGGUUACAACGGAGCGGUUCCAGAUGUGCUGCGGUCAAGACGACAUUACUGAAAUGUGGGCUGGCUUUACACCCACGGCCCGAUCAGAAACGUCGCUAUCAGAAACAAUUCGUAACUAUUUUGGAAGUAAUAUGGUCAGUGUUUACAUUAGCAAGCAUCGCUAACACUCAGAGCUAACGCUGUACUGGAGAGAGUAUGUGUAAAGAAGCAGGAUAUAAAAAGGUACUCACCACUAUAUGUGUUUGUAAUCACAAAAAUAAAGUAUUUCAAAAG